ACUAGGUGUUGGCUGCCAAUUGUAGAGUGCAAAUGAAAAGUUGUGUUAAGAUUGAUAUAUGUGGAAAAAGUUGUCUACGGACGAUAAGUUCACAAUAAAUAAAUACAAAUAUCUAAGUUUUGCAUACUGAUUUUAAGCUGAAUCUUUGGAACUAAGAAAUAAAGCUGUAAAGCAACUCAUACGCGACAGAGGUGCCCCACCAGUUUCGUUGCCAUUGACAGCGGUGGUGCAAAAAUUGCAAUUUUGGUGUACCAAAAAACCGAAUCGAGUAACCAAAAGGAAAAGGCAGCAGCAAGCAGCACUGGUGAAUUCAGGCGGACCAAACGAGCGAGCAGCCAACAUCAAUUUUAUCAUCAGUGUAAAAAUUAUAGUGCUGUAUAACUAACAAAAACACACAAAAAAAACAAAUUACUUAAACGGAGUAACCUUUUUGUUCAAGUUCAAACCAACAAACCAACAAAAACAACGGCUAUAGUCCAUCAACUAAAUAUUUUUCACUAGAAGACUCGAUUUUGUAAAAGGUGCAUACUAAAAAAAAAGAAAAAAGUACGAAGGCUUCUUUGAGACCCCCAGCAAAAUACCAUCGUAUUGUUAGAGUUUUAACUUGAAACAAAUGCGUAAAACGUAUAAAUCGUAAUAAAUUAUAAAUAAUUCAAUUGUCUGCAAAGAAAAAAAAACGAGUGUAUAUAAGCAAGUAAACUCCAAAGAUAAAACCCAACGAACAUUUUGGCUGUAAGAGAAAUACUGCAGAUCAGAUAAGUCAACAUCGCUAAUACGCUGUGAACGCUCCAGGAACAUAUAUAUUUAUAUAUAUUACGGUUAUUUGUAUGACGACGUGAAGCAAACGGAACACAAAAAAUCAACAGGAGACGCGCUGAGGAAAUCAAAAUAGUUAUAACAUUUUGAAAACACAGCAGCAGCAGCAGCGAAUAAAUCGAAUCGAAUCGAAUCGAGCAAAGCAAACCAAAGUUGCAACAAAGAGAUUUAAACGAACCUCAACCAGCAUAUAAAGAUGAAUGAACUCGACAGUCUACGACAAGAAGCCGAAUCUCUCAAGAAUGCCAUUCGCGACGCAAGAAAGGCGGCGUGCGACACAUCGCUGUUGCAAGCGGCCGCCUCGCUGGAACCAAUUGGCCGCAUACAGAUGCGCACACGCCGCACACUGCGCGGCCAUUUGGCCAAAAUCUAUGCCAUGCACUGGGGCAACGAUUCGAGGAAUCUGGUAUCCGCAUCACAGGAUGGCAAACUGAUUGUUUGGGACUCGCAUACCACAAACAAAGUGCACGCCAUCCCAUUGCGUUCGUCGUGGGUGAUGACCUGUGCAUACGCUCCAUCGGGCAGCUAUGUUGCCUGCGGUGGCCUCGACAACAUGUGUUCAAUCUACAACCUAAAGACACGCGAGGGCAAUGUGCGUGUGUCGCGCGAGCUACCCGGCCAUGGUGGCUAUCUGUCAUGCUGUCGUUUCAUCGACGACACUCAAAUUGUGACCAGCUCCGGUGAUAUGACGUGCGGCCUGUGGGACAUUGAGACGGGCCUGCAGCUGCAUUCAUAUCUGGGUCAUACGGGAGAUGUGAUGGCUCUAUCGCUGGCACCGGACUUUAAAACAUUUGUGUCGGGCGCCUGUGAUGCGUCCGCCAAGUUGUGGGAUAUUCGUGACGGUCAAUGCAAACAAACGUUUCCCGGCCACGAAUCGGACAUCAAUGCCGUUACCUUCUUUCCGAAUGGACAAGCCUUUGCGACUGGAUCGGAUGAUGCUACAUGUCGCCUGUUUGAUAUACGUGCUGAUCAAGAGCUGGCGAUGUAUUCGCACGACAACAUUAUUUGCGGCAUCACCUCGGUGGCGUUUUCAAAAAGCGGCCGUCUGUUAUUAGCUGGCUAUGAUGAUUUCAAUUGUAAUGUCUGGGAUACAAUGAAAGCGGAACGCUCUGGAAUUCUGGCUGGCCAUGAUAAUCGUGUAUCAUGUUUGGGCGUCACCGAGAAUGGCAUGGCAGUGGCAACAGGAUCGUGGGACUCAUUCUUGCGCGUGUGGAACUAAAUGUGGGCGGUGUCGAUGGCGGUGGUAAUGGUAGUGGGUGGUAGUGGGGUAUGAAGUAGGGUCAACGUGGCAUAGUGGCUGCAGGCAGUCAGCGUUCAGUUCAGCAGUAGUAGCAGCCAGCGACAAUAACAACAGAGCACAGCAGCAACACACAAAAGACAUCAUCUCUCAUAAUGUGUAGAUGAUGGUCAAAUGGUUCCUUGUAACUGUUGUUAAGCUAAACAAAAUAAACAAACAAACAAACAAAAGCACAAGCAGGCAGAAUAUGUUGUAAAGCGCUUGAUUGAUGAUUGAUAAUGAUAAUGGAGAUGGAGAUGAAGAUCAAGAAGGAAAUAGAGAUUGAGAUGGAGAUGGAUAUGCAGAUGCAGAUGUUGAAGGGGAAAUGUAAACGACGUUGACUGCAACAAAGACCACAGCAAAAACAAGAACUUUAUAUACAAAUUAUUUAUAUUGCUAUAUACUUAUUAUACUUAUACAACAACAACAACCAAAACACACAGACACAGCAACAAGCAACAUGCAAACAUGCAACAAAACAACUAGACAUACACAGACACACACACAUACAAGAAUAUUAUUAGUGUAAAUGAAAAUGAAAAUUCGAAGCAAAAACCUAUGAUGAUGAUACUGAUGAUGGAGCUGUCAUUGAUCAGAAGUCAGAUUGAGAAAGAGAGAUAACAGCUACAGUUUAAAGUACGUAAAGUUAGUUCAAAUCGUAUAUAGUCAUAUACAACAACAACAUUUAGUGUCGGCGACGUCUGCUGCGCUGCUGCUAUAUUGUCAAAUGAAAAUGAAAUGAAAUGAAAAUGAGUGUGCACCAUUGUUGAUUACUAUGAUAGCACCGUACAUUAUGGUAAUUAUACUGUACUGUAUUAUCCGUACAUAACUGUAUGAAUAACGACGGGGUGACGUGACGACGACGACGCUUCACUUUAAUUUGUCAGACAUCAAAACUUAAACAAAAAUUCUUAUAUGACUUCAUAUAUAUACACACAUAUACAUACACACGGCAGAAAGUUGUUCUUAAUGAAGUAAAGUCAAAUAAAUUUAAAGCAUUUACAACAACAACAAAAAAAAAAAUAAAAUUACAGAUAGAACAUAAAAAGGCAUGAAAAUAUUGCGUAAAUUAAAAAAUUUAAUGUAAUGAACAAAUUAAAACCAAAAACCAAAAAAAAAAAAAAAACAACAA